AUGGCCCCAUUGAGGUGCUUCCUCAUAGGCCCUUUAUGGUUCUUUAUUCAUUUCAUUCAUGUUUCGGAUUCAUAUUGCCCUCGGACCAAUACAACUCUCCUCAACUUCACUUCCGAAUUCGUUAUGGUACAACACCAGCUGCGCGGCCUAAUAUCCGUAAUUGACGACUGUUCCUUCAGGAUCACCCAGUUUGACAUGCUUUCCGGCUCCAACGUGCAUUGGUGGGGCGCUGAUGGGGAAGAUUUCCAAAACCUGACCAAGGGUUUUGUCGUUUCUGACCAGAUUUUGGACCAGACCUAUAAAAAUGGUAGCUUUCUGGUUAAUUUGCGCAAAAACGUAAAGUGGGAUAAGAUUAAAGUCCUUGGAGUUUGGGAUAUCCCCACGGCUUCGGAUUUUGGCCACGUUUUGUUGAAAAAAUUGUCUAAUGGGACUGAAAAUUAUGCACCACCGCCAAUGCCUGUGAAUGGGAGGACUAGUCUGAUGAGAAAUGAGCAACCCACCAUGUUUGAAAAUUGUAAAGUUCUAUCUGAUGGUUAUAGGAUCAGGUGGACUUUCAAGGAGGAGGAGGAUGGGAUUGAUAUUGGGUUGGAGGGUGCAAUUGGGAUUAUGAAUUACAUGGCAUUUGGAUGGGCGAACCCCAAUGUUUCUGCUAAUUUUAUGGUUGGCAGUGAUGUGGUGAUCACUGGGUUUAAGGAGGAUGGAAUGCCAUUUGCUGAUGACUUCUAUAUAACUAAGUACAGUGAGUGUAUGAUAAAUCAGGAUGGGAGUGUUCAGGGGGUGUGUCCCGAUACUAUGUAUGAAAGCUCUGAUCCCAUUGGAUUGGAGAACAAUACGAAGUUGGUUUAUGGGCACAGGAAGGACGGGGUGUCCUUUAUCAGGUAUAAGAGACGUUUGAAGUCCGUUGAUAAGAAGUAUGAUACGGCGGUUGACCCUAAGGGCAAUAUGACUGUGAUUUGGGCUUUGGGGUUGAUUAAACCACCAGAUAGUCUACGCCCUUUUUAUCUUCCUCAAAAUCAUGGUGGUAGCUUUGGUUACUUGACUCUGAACAUUUCAAAACAUAUAAAUGAUUGCUUGGGACCAUUGGAUGCUGAAGACAAAGAGGAUCAAGAUCUCGUCAUUGCAGAUAAAAAGGAGCCACUUGUUGUGGUGACAGGUCCGGCAUUGCAUUAUCCAAAUCCCCCAAAUCCUUCAAAAGUUCUUUAUAUUAACAAGAAAGAGGCUCCUGUUCUUAGGGUAGAGAGAGGUGUGCCAGUGAAGUUUUCAAUACAAGCUGGGCAUGACGUGGCAUUCUAUGUUACUUCUGAUCCGGUUGGUGGAAACGCAACUUCACGAAAUAUGUCUGAGACUAUUUAUUUUGGAGGACCAGAAGCAGAAGGAGUUCAAGCCAGUCCUACUGAAUUGGUUUGGGCACCUGAUCGGAACACACCGGAUCUGGUUUACUAUCAGUCUCUUUAUACACCAAAGAUGGGCUGGAAAGUUCAAGUGGUUGAUGGAGGUUUGCCAGAUAUGUAUAAUAACAGCGUUUCUUUGGAUGAUCAGCAAGUUAUGCUAUUUUGGACACUGUCAGAGAACUCAAUAUCUAUUGCCGCUCGGGGCGAGAAAAAAAGUGGUUAUUUGGCUAUCGGCUUUGGUCGUGGAAUGUUAAACAGCUUUGCUUAUGUGGGUUGGAUUGGCGACAAUGGGAGAGGGAGGGUGAGCACAUAUUGGAUAGAUGGAAGGGAACCUUCAAGCUUACGUCCAACAAGGGAGAAUAUGACAUAUGUGAGAUGCAGGUCUGAAAAUGGCAUCAUCACAAUGGAGUUCACUCGGCCUUUGAAACCGUCAUGCAAGCUUAACGAAAGGCCAGAAUGCAACAAUAUUAUUGACCCUACAACUCCGCUGAAAGUUGUCUGGGCUAUGGGUGCUCAAUGGUCUGAUGACCAUUUAAGCGUGAGAAACAUGCAUUCAGUCACAAGCAAGAGACCAGUAAGUGUACUGCUUAUGCGUGGUUCUGCAGAGGCAGAGGAGGACUUGCGUCCAGUAUUAGCUGUGCAUGGAUUUAUGAUGUUUCUUGCCUGGGGUAUACUGCUUCCUGGUGGAAUUUUGGCAGCUAGAUACCUAAAGCAUGUUGGUGAUGGGUGGUUUCGGAUUCAUGCCAACCUACAAUACUCAGGAUUAGUAAUUAUUUUUCUUGGUUUCCUUUUUGCUGUUGCUGAGCUUCGGGGUUUCACUUUCCAAUCAUUGCAUGCUAAAUUUGGAAUGUUGGCAAUAAUAUUAGCAAUUGCACAACCAGUGAACGCAUAUCUGAGACCUAAAAAGCCUGCUAAUGCAGAGCAGGUUUUGUCGAGGAGGCUUAUUUGGGAGUAUAUCCAUGUUAUAACUGGCAGAUGUGCCAUCAUUAUUGGCUGUGCUGGUCUUAUUACUGGAUUGAAACAUUUGGGAGACGAAUAUGGGGAUGAAAACACGCACGGGCUUAUUUGGGCUUUAAUAAUUUGGUUCUUAGUAGGCGCAUUAACAGUAAUGUAUUUAGAAUACCGUGAGAAGAAAAGAAUAAGGCGGGAUAGAAUAUCUGGAAGAAGCGAUUGGGUGCUGGGUGAUGGUGAGGAGGAGGAUAUUGAUCUCUUGAGACCUAGUCGGACUAUGGCAGAGAAAGAAGCGCUCUCUUCAGAAAGAAUGGAAAUUCAGCUUGAACCGUUGAGCAGAUAG